AUGCGCUGGUACUGCGUUCACCCUAGUCUGCCAGUGCAGGCAGAGCUGCGUAUCCGCUCUGCACCUGAUAGUAAUGCCUUUGAAAUGUGUCGUAUUUCCCAAGGUAGAGCUAUCUCCACGUGCUCUCCAUUCUUCCAAGCUUAUGGAAAUGAUGACGGUGCCAUUCCUCCUUCGUGGUUGCAAGUGAUGUAUCUAGACAAGACGUCCGGCGAGAUGGAAAAAGGUUAUAUAAUGACAUCAUUGCCUGAUGGAUUGCCAUUAGUUUCACCUUGGGAAACAACUUAUUACCGUGGCUGCUGCGAGGUAAUGGAUCCGGUCACGCUGAUGUUUGAUGGGCCUCAAGACGCGGCAAGGAGCUUAGGAACAGUACAGAGCGUUGAUUUUCUCUACUGUAUCAUGGAGGAAAGCAAAACACGACUCAGAAUAUUUCACCCAGAAAUGGAAAGCGUGUGGAUUGACAAAGACGACCUGCAGGUUGUAUGUACACGGCUUGAGCACGAAGAGUGCAGCACUUCUCAUGCAUUUUAUGAGAUUAAUGACGAGCUGCCUGAGGAAGCGCAGAUUGCCGUGCGAGAUUUUCCGUCGAAACAGGCGCAAGUGGUAGGGCUCCUGAGCCGAAACGAGACGUUGGAGGUUACCAUUCGUAGUGGAAACUGGCUACAGAUUGUUGGUGGUAGCCUCAAUAAAGCGUGGAUUAUGUUUCGAACAGAUGCGUUGGAACUAUUGCGAGAGGCACGUGACGUAUGUUCGAGCAAUUGUGAAAUGGACGGGGAUCUUGAUGAUAGUGGCAACAUUGAGAGUACCUCAAACCAAGCUUCGUGUGCAGACACAGCUAUGGUAACGCUGCCGGUGACUAGCAAUACGACUGCUUUUACUGUAGUACCAAAUGCUGAUUACAAAAAUACUACUGCGCCGGAGGCAGAUGAUGUAGCAAAAAUAAGCUCUGGGGAUGCCACUAUCACGGUGGACGGAUUUCCUAAUGCAUCGGCAAAUGUGGGUACUGUUAAGCGCUUGCCGGAUUGUGCAGAUUGCCAACUUCGUUCUGUACAACUAGUGGCUGUGGACGACGACACUUCUGGUGAUAUUGCAGGUAUCCGUACUGAGAAUACCGAUGACGUUGGUGACACUUCUGUCACUAGAUCUGCUGUAAUUACUAAUGUCGAGGUUGUGGAAUUGACUCCUGUUUUUCAAACUUCGGUUGAUCCACACUUGCAUUCUGUACAAAUUGCACACGAUGUUGCCGAUGCAGAAGUCAUUGACGGUCUUGCAGAUGCAGAUGUCAUUGGUUUUCCUGCAGAUGCAAAUAUCAUUGGCGGUCUUGCUGUUGCAGAUGUCAUUGACGAUCUUGCUGGAGAUGCUGCAGGUGUGCAUCUAGAUGACACAAAUGUCGAGAAUGAACGAGCCAGCUACCUUAGGUGUACACGAUCGAUUCAGUCAGUGCGAACAAAACUGAACGAGAUCGAGCACGAUGACAAUUACGUUGCUAGUGAUGGUAUUAAUGCGACUAGUUGCAAGACAAACGACGUGGAGGGUACGGAAAACGGUGAACCUGCGCAGUAUGUAUAUUCACAAGGUGGUUACACCCUUAGCUCUUUUGAUCCAAUUGAUGCAAUCACUGAAGUUAUCACAAAUACUGUACCUCUACAAGCAAAGUUGAUUGUUUCUGAUACUACCGAUAGCAAAAACGUGGGGGCCGCAGAGGCUGGCUUUUUGUGGGAUGAUCGACCAAUACGACCAGCAAGAAUAAUGCUUGCGUGUAAUAGCUGUAGUGCUAGUUCUGGCAAAGUUGCUGAAAGCGAGACAAGGGAUAUUAUUUUCGAAUCUGAUUUGCAGUCACUGGGCGACUCACGUCAGAUAGCAGCAAAGUUGGAGGAUACGAUUGGUACUAUUGGUGAUGCUACCGCGGUCAAUUCUCCUGAUGAUGUGACGAACGAGAUUGUGGCAGAGAUUACGAAACCCGUGCGAAGUGUCGAAUUGCGGGACAAUUGUCGGAAUCUGCCUACUGCUUUAGAUUGGAGUGAUACACAGGUAGAUGGUGACAUGAACACGUGCAAUGGAGAUGUCAGUAUUGUUACUGUUAUAUCCCCUGUUGACAAGCGCGCUAAUGGAAAUCAAUUUGAGUUUCAGGGUGAUCAAUUGAACGAACCUGCACGAGAUCAACCGGAUGAUCAGAGCGCUAAUGGUAGCACUAACGAUUACACUGACGAAGUUGGCGCUGCUACUAGAUUAAGCGCGAAAGGCAGUGCUGAGGUCGUGCAUGUGAAGCAGCCAGGGAGUGAUCAACCAGCCCAAACCGUUUUUGAUAAAGUAGUCAGUAAUGACGCGGCCGAUACUCCUGCUGUUAUAGCCGAAUUCGCUAUUGCCCACACCGAUGAUGGUAUUAAAGCUUGUGUUAAUAUUUGUGUAGCAAAUCCUGAACGAGAUACUGCAAAGCCCUCGCAGUUUGCGCAGACAUGGGGCGAUGAAUCGGUUCGGUCCCCGUCAACGAUUCUUAGCAAAGCUGAUGACGAAAGUGAUAAAUCUGAAUAUGGUAACUUGCGCUUUCGGUCAGCUAAUGAUGUGCGUGACGAAACAGAUUUCAAUGAUGGCAUUUAUGCGCUUGCUAUCGAAGAGGAAGCUAAAAUAAAGGGUAUGGAGCCUAUUCAGCUAUGGGACAAGCGACCGAUUUGGCCGGAACAAAGUAUACCUGAUGCACCACCGGCUGAUAGUACUACAUUGCAGAAACGGAUUGGCAUUGCUGUAGCCGACGCAGAUGCUGCUGAUAAGCUUUCUGGAAAUAGCGAUGAUGAAGAUGUUGUGAAAGUGGUCAAUGACCGACCAAACCAGCCAUCGCUGAAAGAUUGUCUUACUCCGGGGCGCGCCAACAUUGCUGCUGAUUCUGCAGGUUCCCUCGUGGCAAGUAAAAAUGCAAGCAAUCGUGCAGCUGCGGAUGAAACUGACUUUAAGAACGCUAGACUAACUCUAAUGGAGGUUGAAGCGGCAAAACAGGUGCAGACUGCACGUUUACAUGAUUAUCCUUCAGCGUUGAAUGAUAGCGCGAUUGUUAUUUCUGGCGCUGGCAUUGGAACGGUGCAAGACAAACACACUUCGCAUUCGAUGGCUUGUUUUAGCACCACUGAGAGCCAUUAUGCUGAGAUGGGAUCAACAUCGGGGAGUGAAAGCGGUGAAAUUGCGCUUCUUGGGGACUUGGAAGACGUGUUUGAGCCCGUAGAUGAGUGGCUAUCAGCUAAGCAGGAAGAGGGCGAUGAAGAUGGAGACAAUAGUUUGAGUGAUUUACCAGCAUUAAGAAAAGAUACGUCGCUGAGUCAAAGUAACGUCGUAAAUGGAGAGCAAGGUGAGCAGUCGGACAGUAGCAGAAUUUCUCACAGCGCUUGUUAUUGCGCUGAGGACACGACUGAGACUGUACCUCCUGCUGGUAUUUCGUUCUUGCAGAAAUUUGGGAUUAGAAAGUACUGUGAGCGCAGUAAGACCCAUUUUGCAUCGAUGGACAUGCUGUCUUUAGCAAUACACGACGCGAAUCAAGACAACUCUGACGUCAUAUUUCAGGCACUUGUGGGAGACGACUCGCUUAGUGACGAUUGGUUCUUUGAUGUGAUUGCGCACCAAUUUCAAGCGUACACACACUCGGCUUCAAAGAAUUUUAAUCUAGUGACUACUGGCCCAAAACUGACGUUUGAUUUAAUAAUGAACGACGCCAGACCGGAAGAUAUAUUGGCGGCAGAGCUGUCAGACGAUGAUGGCGCAGAUUUUGAUUUAGUCGUUUCUUUUAAGUACCCAGUUCCCACGAGAAGAGCGGAUGGUCUCCCAUUUGGACGCGUGCCUAGUGAACGCGUCGCCGGUACCAAAAGCAAGUGUGCAGGCGCCAUAAAUGGAAGCGGAGUUGAAACGAAGGGUGCGCCUUCUGCAUCUUUUAUACAUAUCCAAGAAGCCGACAUUAGUGCUGCGACGUCUUUAAAGACUGCGCUUUCCAAGUCGUGCAUUAGCCAGCCGAAGAUGCUUACGCCCAGCUCACGACUGCAGCGGAGUUCUAUGCUGGCUCCGGUAACUACUAGUAAGCCUUCUAAUUCUCUCAUUCGACCACGGUCGCUCUUGCAACCUUUGCAUGGUAUACCAUCGGCGAGUUCUGUCAAUUUAACCUUCUCUGGCGUUACUCCAGAAUUGGAGGCCUUGACUUCUUCCAGUGCUGCAACAACAACUUCUAGUACGUCGCCAUCCGUGCGGUCUUUCUUCCAGCGACAACGUUUCAUAUCUGCACCGAGCUCUUCUAAGGUACCCACCGCGGCAGGUUUGACAAGAAAUUGCGUGACAGAUUCGACAAAGUCUCCAAGUGGCCUGUCGGCACCGCGAAAGUCUUUCGGCUUUCGCUACCCGUCGGGCUUGAUCAAGAAGACGUAA